AGUCUUUAUCUUCAAAUAGUAUUAAUGAUGAAAAUCAAAAGACCUUUUUAUUGUCAAAUAAUACAAUUCAAUAGCAGGUCAUUGCCUUGUAGCGUCGUGUCAACGGUCGAGACGACGUUGCUGAGGGAGGCGUUAACAGUGGAAUUUAUUUGUAAGGUCGACUGUCAUCAGUAACGGAGACUUCUACAUCGUCGUGCCGGCGAUGGAGCGUGCGUAAUCCUACGGCGAUGAUGCUGCGUAAUGUCGGCUUUUCCCCACGGACCGUUUUCAGCUACAGCACGCUCCUCGCCACCACCAGCCACGGCAGUAUUCGCCAGGCACGAUCUAACGGAUUAUCGACUACGUCGGCCGCGCCGCCACUUCGCCGCAUAUGAUUCAUAGGGAUCGUGCUCGUACGACCGAGCUCAAGAUUGUUUCAGGGUUAAAAGCCAAAUUUGAUAUAAUCGAAGAUGUUAGAAGUCGGCUUGAGAGUUGUUCGCGGACCAGAUUGGAAGUGGGACGAUCAAGAUGCUGGCGAAGGCCAUGCCGGCACAGUAGUAGAGAUCGGGAAACCCCCAUCUACAGGAAACUCGGCUUCCAGUCCAAAUCCUGCCGACCGAACGCCGGACAAGACAGUAAUCGUCCAAUGGGAUCAUGGCUCCAGAAGUAAUUACAGAAUCGGAUAUCAAGGUGCUUACGAUUUGUUGGUAUUCGACAAUGCCUCCGCCGGCGUCAAGCACUCCAAUAUUAUCUGUGAUGGAUGCAAGAGACACGGGAUCAGCGGCAUCAGGUGGAAGUGUUCGCAGUGCUUCGAUUACGACCUCUGCACACAGUGCUACAUGGGCGACGUGCAUGACUUAACGCAUACGUUUAAGCGAUUUCAAACGGCCAAUGCCGUGGGGGUCCAAUUAACGCCAAGAGAAGGCUGCACCAAGGUGCCGUUAAAGGGAAUCUUCAUAGGAGCAAAGGUCAUGCGUGGUCCAGAUUGGGAAUGGGGAAACCAAGACGGUGGUCGUGGAAAAACCGGCAGGGUCAUGGACAUUCGAGGAUGGGAUAACGAGAGCUGUCGGUCCGUUGCCACUGUCACAUGGUCUACAGGCAGCACAAAUGUAUAUCGAUUGGGCUACAAGGGUUGCGUGGACUUGUGCUAUACGGAGGAAGCCAAGUCCGGUACUUAUUACAAGGAUCAUCUCCCGCUGCUCGGCCAACCGGUAAUGACUAUACCGGAUAAUGGAAACAGCUCGACAUCAGCCAGGGGUGGUGUCACCACUACGUCUAGUCCUCACCAUCUAACGUUUAAUGUCGGUGACAGGGUGAAAGUGUUGCUUGAAGUCGACACCUUAAAGGAGAUGCAGGAUUCAGGUCACGGCGGGUGGAAUCCGCGAAUGGCCGAGUGCAUAGGAAAGAUUGGCACGGUGCACCGAAUUACAGACAAGGGAGACAUUCGCGUCCAGUAUGAAGGUUGUAAUAAUAGAUGGACUUUCCAUCCAGGCGCUUUGACAAAAGUUACCAGUAAGGACGCGUUCGUCGUCGGCGAUGUGGUCCGAGUGAAGACCGAUCUGACUGCCGUUAAGCAUUACCAACGCGGUCACGGCGAAUGGAUAGAUGUAAUGAAAAACGCUCUGGGGAAAACUGGAAAAGUAAAGAAAAUCUAUUCCGAUGGCGACUUGCGUGUAGCGUUAGAUAGUCAUACGUGGACGUUUAAUCCGCUAAGUGUUGUUCUUGUUCCUGCCGGGACGAACGUGGCUGCUACGCACUGUGAUGCAAAUAUAAUUAGAGAUCGCUCAGCCGAAAGCACUGAUAGCGAAGUAGAGAAAUUGUUGAGGGAUGCAGCUAGGGGCGAGGCCGGUGUUACCGCUGUACGUGAAUUCCUGAAAAAGUAUCCGGGCAGGGUAGACGCGCGUGCUCCCGGCGGUGGCAAGAAAACGUGUUUACAAGUAGCCGCUCACCAAGGCCAGCGUGACCUCUGCAAUCUUCUUCUGGACGUCGGUGCCUCUCUACGGGCGGUAGACGAGGAUGGAGAUACACCCCUGCAUUAUGCAGCAUUCGGCAAUCAACCGGAAGUGAUGGAAUUAUUGUUAUCUCGAGGUGCAACUAUUAACGCCGUCAACAAUGGUAGAUGUAGUGCCUUGCACGUAGCAGUGAACAAACAACAUGCGCAGUGCGUGAAGACGCUGUUGCGUUAUCACUGCGAUGUCAAUCUGCAGGACUCUUACGGCGACACGGCGCUGCACGAUGCGAUUGGAAAGGACGCGCUCGAUAUAAUUGAUGCACUGUGCGCUUGUGAGAGAGUCGACUUCACACUACGGAACAAACGUGGCUUCAAUGUCCUGCAUCAUGCUGCACUCAAAGGCAACGCUCACGCAACGGAGAAAAUAAUUGCACGUGCACGGGACCUAGUGGACGUGAAAAAGGAAGACGGCUUCGCAGCGUUGCACUUGGCGGCAUUGAACGGCCACACAGAAGUCGCGGCGAUACUCCUGUCGCAGAACGGCGGCCGUGCAAAAGUCGAUUUGCGCAACAAUCGGCAACAGACACCAUUACAUCUGGCGACUUCGCAGGGACAUUGGUCACUGGUCGAAUUAUUAGUGCAUCACAAUGCAAACCUCGCCUGUGCAGAUGAGGACGGCGAUUCUGUACUGCAUAUUGCAAUCGCCAAAAGCCCGAAUCAACAAACCGUUGUGCCCAGUACCGAAAACAGGGAUUCGCCGCUUAUAUACACAAUCUGGCAGGCCCUGGCGAGGCAAUGUGCAAAGACUGAAUUAGCAUUAGCUUGUUUCUUGGUGAGCGUAGAUUAUAGCUGCACGCUUCUUGACAAGGUGAAAAACCACAAGGAAAAGACGCCGCUCGAUCUCCUGGAAGCUGACCCGCAGGCCGCUCAACUCGUCCAACUUUUACGAUCUUACCAACUAAAUACCAGCAGAGUAGAAAUAGAAGACAAUCCACCGAGCGGUUAUGUAGAACCACUUACGUAUCGGAUAGAUAAUAUGUCGCCGUCAGAAGGAAUGCGUGACGCGAGGAAGAGCAUACCGGGUGCCGGCGACGAAGCGGAAUGUCGGGAUUGUUCAAGGGUCGUACCCGGUACGAAGCAAGAGAACCGAUUUGAUUCUGACAGUGCACUCGUUGGUUGUGCACAUUGCGGCCACUCGAUCGUUAAGAAGCAAAUGAUUCAAGACGGUCAACUAGCGGCAGGUGAGGUCUCCAUAGCUAAUCCGGAAGACAAGUCGAAAGGUCUGUCGCCCGAAGCCAAACGCAAGGAAGAGAUCAGCGAGAGGGAGAAAGACAAGGACUUGGAGCGACUGCGUUACCUAGAGACCAGAGUCGCGGACCUCGAAGAGGCGAAUAUGUGCAGCAUUUGCAUGGAACGUCGCCGUAACGUCGCCUUUCUUUGCGGUCAUGGCGCGUGUGAACAUUGCGCCGCGCCGUUGAAGACCUGUCAUAUGUGCCGUAAAACGAUCACGAAGAAGAUCAAUCUGUAUUAGAAAAGAUCCUUAACGAUCAAACGUUUAUCGAUCAAGAUGCUGAUAUCAGUUUUCUAGAGGGACACGCGCGUGUAGAGAUGUUGUCUCGAGUAGAAGAGGGAUCGAUAUUUCGGCAGAUGAUAGUAAUCUAAUUAGACUCGUAAUUUGUAAAACGAGUCCAGCAUGGACUCGCGUUUUAGUUCUGGACGGCCGACAAAUUGCGAUUGUCUUAUGAAUUCGAUUGGAAAUUAGUAUUGUAUAACUAGUUUUGUAUCAUUUUAUUGACUACAGGGAGCGUUUGAAAAUGAACGUAAAAAAUGAUCUUAAAUGAAAACGUAAAAAAUGAUCUUAAAUGAAAAUGAAUUAUAUAAUAUUGGUAUUAGUGAGCACUAGAGUAUCCAGUCGAAUUCGCUGUCAAAAACACGCAAGUGAGUGGCAAUAAACGGAGAAUAAUCGAA